AUGAAACAUGUAGGCUAUCAAGUUAAUCACAACUCGAUUGAAACUCUCAUUGGCUCCAACUACACCAAAUGGAGGGAAGAUGUGGAAAUUGCUCUAGGAUUGCUGGACUAUGAGAUGGCUAUUGAAGAAGAUGCUCCUGCAGAACCAAAUGCAGAUGCAUCUGCUGGAGCGAAAGCAAAAUAUGCCAAAUGGAAGUUUAUUGAUUCCAUUGGGGAAAAGUUUCGGGAGUCAGAAAAGGCUGAGAUUGGAACUCUAAUGGGACAACUUACUGAUACAAAAUACAAUGGGGAAAGAUGUGUGAGAACACACAUACUGAACAUGCUGGAAAUUGGGAACAAACUGAAGGCACUCAAAGUCAAUGUGGAUGAAACAAUGAUGGUGCAUUUUGCUAUAAAUUCUCUACCUAGUACUUUUAAGCAUCUAAGAAGCACAUAUGUAGCUCAAAAGGAGAAGUGGACAGUAACUGACCUUAUAAGUAUCUGUGAGCAGGAAGAACAAAAUAGGAAGAAAGAUAAGGCUGAAGAAAAGAUUAAUUUGGUUCAGAACAGCUUCAAAAGGGAUUUUGGAAAAGGCAAAAACGUUGGGAAGAAAAACAAGGAAGAAAAGGAAACUAAAGGACUAAAACCAGAAGGACUCAAAUGCUAUUUCUGUAAGAAGUUUGGGCAUAUGAAGAGGAAUUGCGACAGGUACAAGCGUUGGUUGGAUAAGCAAAAGGCUAAAGGUAAGACUGAUCAAGUAUAUGUUUGUUUUGAGACUAAUGCAAUUGAGAUUUCUUCAUAUUCAUGGUGGUUAGAUAGUGGUGCAUCAGUUCAUGUGGCUAAUUCCUUGCAGGGGUUCAAAACAAAGAGGUUGCCAAGCAAGGCUGAGAUGAAGGUGUUCGUGGGAAAUGGAGAAAGAGUCAAGGUGGAGUACAUUGGAUUAGCUAGGAUCGAGUUGGAGUCUGGUUUUAUUUUGGAGUUAGUAGAUGUAGUUUAUAUUCCUUCUAUGAAAAGGAAUCUUAUUUCAAUUAGCAAGCUUGUAAAAUCAAACUUACAGUUUGAGUUUGAUGAGUCUGGAUUCUCCAUUUUCAGAAAUAAAGUUAUGAUUGGUAAUGGUUUUCUAGAUGAUGGCAUGUUUCGUUUAAAUUGCAAGAAACCAAAUCCAAGCACUUCAAAUCUAAACAUCAAUCUGAUAAGCACUAAAAGGAAAGUAGAUAAAGAAGAAUCAUAUAGACUUUGGCACAAGAGACUAGGACAUGUCUCGAAUGAAAGAAUGAACCUGCUAAACAAAGAAAAUCUGCUGCCACCACUUAACCACCAUGACAAAGACAACGUUUGCAUUGAAUGCGUUAAAGGAAAGUUAACUAAUUUGAGGAAGAAAGGCGCUACAAGAAGUGAGAAACUGCUGGAAAUUAUACAUACUGACAUAUGUGGUCCUUUUCCCACUCAAACACAUGAUGGUUUUAAGUAUUUCAUAACCUUCACAAAUGACUUCUCAAGAUAUGGUUAUGUAUACUUAAUAUCUGAAAAAUCCAAAGCAUUGGACAAGUUUAAAGUUUACAAAGCAGAGGUAGAGAACCAACUGGAUUCGAAAAUAAAAGUGGUAAGGUCAGAUAGAGGAGGUGAGUUUUAUGGCAUAUUUGAUGAAAAGGAAGAAACCCUGGACCCUUUGCAAAGUGUUUACAAGAAGAAGGAAUUGUGGCUCAAUAUACUAAUCCAGGCUUUGAAAACAACAAACUAUUUGCUGAAUAGAACUCCUACGAAAAGUGUGAACAAAAUCCCUUAUGAGAUAUGGUGCAACAGAAAACCAAGUCUCUCACAUCUCAAAGUCUGGGGAAGUAAGGCAGAAGCAAAGUUCUAUAAUCCAUCAGAAAAGAAACUAGAUUCCAAGACAGUAACAUGCUACUUUAUGGGAUAUCCAGAUAGAACAAAUGGGUACAGGUUUUAUUGUCCCAACCAUACCACAAGGUUUAUGGAAACACAAAGAGCAAUUUUUAUUGAGGAAGAAAUUGAAGAAGGCACCGAUGACAAUUUUGAUUUUGAUGAAAUUUUGGAAGAUGAAGGAUUCACAGGAAAGGAAGUUUUGACAAAAGAAACAACAGCCUUACCAUUCACUGAUUCGAGUGAUAAGCAAAUCUCACCAGUUCAUGAUGAAAGAAAUUUAGAAGAGAAUCAAAUAAUUGAAGCCCAACAAACUGCAGCAGAAAAUAUGCAAAUAGAUCAACAAGAACAGCAGCCUAACAACUCAGAACUCAGGAGGUCACAAAGAACUAAGAGACCUGCUCUAUCAAAUGACUAUUAUGUCUACCUGCAAGAAUCAGAACAUGACAUCAACACCACAGAAGAUCCUGUGUCCUUUAAACAGGCUAUGCUGAGUGAAAAAUGUGAAAAAUGGCUGGAAGCAAUGGAAUCUGAGCUUCAGUCAAUGAGUAAAAAUGGUGUAUGGAAGCUUGUAGCAUUGCCUCAAGGAUGUAAACCAAUAGGAUGCAAAUGGGUUUACAAGACCAAAAGAGACUCAAAUGGACAAAUAGAUAGAUAUAAGGCACGUUUGGUAGCAAAGGGAUUCACACAACAAGAGGGAGUGGAUUACAAUGAAACAUUCUCACCUGUUUCAACUAAAGAUUCUUUAAGGGUGAUAAUGGCAUUAGUGGCACAUUUCGAUUUGCAUCUCCAUCAAAUGGACGCUAAGACUGCAUUUUUGAAUGGAAACCUUAUUAAAGAAAUUUAUAUGAAGCAACCGGAUGGUUUCAUUCAAAAAGGGGAAGAAGAAUUGGUUUGCAGGUUACAGAAAUCAAUAUAUGGAUUAAAACAAGCUUCAAGGCAGUGGUAUUUGAAGUUUGAUGAAGUUGUGAAGUCUCAAGGUUUCAUUGAUAAUCCCUUAGAUGAAUGCAUUUAUCUCAAAUUUCAUGGAAGACAUUAUAUUUUCAUGCUCCUCUAUGUUGAUGAUAUUCUCUUAGCAAGCAGCAAUCUGUCAUUAUUACAUGACACUAAGAGAAUGUUAUCAAACUAUUUUGAGAUGAGUGAUUUAGGUGAAGCAAAUUUUGUAUUGGGGAUUGAAAUAAGUAGAGACAGAGAAAGGGGAUUACUUGGUUUAUCACAGAAAGGAUAUAUAGAAAGGAUACUCAAAAGAUUCAAUAUGGAAAACUGCACAGGUUGUGAUGUUCCAUUCUCAAAAGGUGAUAAACUGAGCUGUGAUCAAUCUCCUAAAACUAAGCAAGAAAAGCUGGAAAUGCAGGAUAAGGCCUAUGCUUUGCUUGUAGGAAGCUUGAUGUAUGCACAAGUUUGUACAAGGCCAGACCUUGCUUUCUGCAUAAGUGUUCUUGGAAGGUUUCAAUCUAACCUAGGGCAAGCACAUUGGGUAGCAGGCAAGAAGGUUUUGAGGUAUUUGCAGAGAACUAAAGAGUACAAACUGGUUUAUCGAAGAGUUGAAGAAUUAAAACUGGAAGGAUAUGCUGAUGCAGAUUUUGCUGGUUGUUUGGAUACUCAGAAAUGCACAUCAGGUGUUGUAUUCUUGUUUGCAGGAGGAGCAGUUGCAUGGAAAAGUGUAAAACAACAAAAUAUAUCAACCUCAACCAUGCAGGCUAAAUUCUUAGCAGUUUAUGAAGCUACUUCAAUAGCAAUGUGGCUUAAGAAUUUUAUGUCAGUGUUGAGAAUUGUGGAAUCCAUACAGAGACCAUUCCAGCUGUGGAAUGAUAACAGUGCUGCAGUUUAUUUUGCAAAGGGAAAUAAGAGAUCGUCAGGUCUGAGACACCUGCAGUUAAAGUUUCUGUCAGCAAAAGAGAAGAUUCGAGAUGGUUUUACAACUCUGGAUCACAUUGGGACAGAUUCUAUGAUUGCAGACCCUUUGAACAAAGGUUUGCCUAAUCAUGUUUUUCAUAGGCAUGUCAGAAGCAUGGGUUUGCAGAUCAGUUUUGAUGUUUAA